AUGGCAAGACCUGUGGCCUGGGCAGGUUUGACAGUUCUGCUGAUGAUCCAAUGGGGCUCUGCUAUGAAAUUGGUCUGCUACUUCACCAACUGGGCCCAGUACAGACAGGGUGCUGCUCGCUUCCUGCCCAAGGACGUGGACCCCAACCUGUGCACCCACCUUAUCUACGCCUUUGCGGGCAUGAACAAUCACCAGCUCAGCACCAUUGAGUGGAAUGACGAGACUCUGUAUAAAGACUUCAAUGGCCUGAAGAAGAUGAAUCCCAAACUAAAGACCCUGCUGGCUGUUGGGGGCUGGAACUUUGGCACUCAGAGGUUCACAGAUAUGGUGGCCACACCCAACAACCGCCAGAUCUUCAUCAACUCCGCCAUUAACUAUCUGCGUAAAUAUGACUUUGAUGGACUUGACCUUGACUGGGAAUUCCCCGGGAGCCGGGGAAGCCCCUCCUCAGACAAGCAGCGCUUUACAGCCCUGGUGCAGGAGCUGGCCAGCGCCUUCAGACAGGAAGCCCAGAGCUCAGGGAAGGAGCACCUACUGCUCAGUGCAGCUGUCCCCGCAGGGCAAGCCCAGGUGGAUGCCGGAUACGAGGUGGACAAAAUUGCUCAGAACCUGGAUUUCAUCAGCCUCAUGGCCUACGACUUCCAUGGCACUUGGGAGACGGUCACAGGGCACAACAGCCCUCUUUACAAGAGGCAGGGAGAGAGCGGUGUGCAGGCUCAGCUCAAUGUGGACUUUGCUGUGCAAUACUGGCUACAGAAGGGAGCCCCAGCCAACAAACUGAUCCUUGGCAUGCCCACCUACGGACGGGCCUUCACACUGGCUUCCUCAUCAGACACUGGAGUGGGGGCCCCAGCCACAGGGCCUGGCACCCCUGGCCCCUUCACCAAGGAUGGAGGGCUGCUGGCUUACUAUGAGGUCUGCUCCUGGAAGGGGGCUGCCAAACUCAGGAUCAAGGACCAGAUGGUGCCCUACUCUGUCCAGGGAAAUCAAUGGGUGGGUUUUGAUGACGUGGAAAGCUUCAAAACCAAGGUCACCUAUCUGAAGCAGAAGGGUCUGGGUGGGGCCAUGGUCUGGACACUGGACUUAGAUGACUUCGGGGGUUCCUUCUGCAACCAGGGUGGAUACCCGCUCAUCCAGACACUGAGGCGGGAGCUGAGUCUCCCAUACAUGCCUUCAGGUCCCACCAAGCCUGAAGUUCCCAGACCAGACCAGCCCUCUAAGCCUGAGAAUGGGCCCAGCCCUAGAGAAGACACUUUCUGCCAGGGCAAAGCUGAUGGCCUCUACCCCAAUCCUCAGGAGCGGUCCAGUUACUACAACUGUGCUGGGGGGCGGCUGUUCAAGCAGAACUGUCCCGCAGGCUUGGUGUUCAGUUCUGGCUGCCAAUGCUGUACCUGGAAUUGA